AAAUGAAGCAAUAGAGCGAGAAAGAGAGAAGGAGGGAUAAAGGGCAGAGGGAGCGUGAGAGAGAUAGAGCGUGAGCAAGUGAAAGCGUGACACAAGCAGAGCGGGCGAGGGAGAGGAGCCAGGACAGAGCCAGAGCAUCCUCUUGCACACUCAUUUCUCUAGCAGCAGCUUGGUCGGCAGGAAGGCAGAUACGACAGGGGAGCGACCCGUACCUUACCCAAAGGGGACAACACCAGCGCUGUCUGUCUCUCUUACACACACACGCACGCACACACACGUCACAACACGCGCAAUCGUGACUGGGUGUGAAGCUGCGGGGGGGAGGAGGACCAACACGCUCAUGCACAAGCGCUCCGCAGGUUUUUUUUUCUCCACACGCUGGAGAGCUGUCUGUUGAGGACCGGACCACAGCUGAGUGCACCUCAUCCAUCCACCCCUUCCUUCCUUCGAUCACCACCCCGCUGGCAGCGCUCUGUGUCUCUCCUUCCUGUUAAAGUGACGUCCUGCUGCUCCCGCGCUGCUCAAGCACUUUAUUCUUUGUUUUUUCUUCCGCCGCUUGGUCCUUUAUUGACACCUUUUUACCUGUCCUCUUCGCCCGCACUCCAACCUACCCGGGCUGACAGACGGACGCACAAGGCACGCCGAGCCGUAGAAGCGACCCCUGAGCGACCCCCACCCCGCCGCCGCCACCGCCGCCAUGAACUUCCUCCGCCGCCGGCUGUCCGACAGCAGCUUCAUCUCCAACCUCCCCAACGGCUACAUGACCGACCUCCAGAGGCCCGAGCCCCCGGCGCCGCCGCCCCCCAGCGCCACCUCCCCGUCCCAGACGGGCACCGUCCCCGCCCCCUCCACCUCUCCCUCCCCCACGGCCAAGUCCCCGUCCAGGGCCCCGGGCCCCGUCCAGGGCUCCCCGGUGGGGCUGGAGCGCCGGCAGACCCUGCCCAGCCAGCCGCAGCAGCCGCCGCUGGGCCAGCAGGCGCCCUCCUCCUCCACCUCCUCCUCCUCCGGCUUCUUCAGCUCCUUCAGCUCCAUCACCAACGCCGUGAAGCAGACGGCGGCCGGCUUCGUGGAGCAGUCGGCCGCCUCGCCCUCGCUCUCCAGGAAGUUCAAGAUCCUGCUGGUGGUGGACGAGCCGCAGCACGAGUGGGCCAAAGUGUUCCGGGGGAAGAAGAUUCUUGGAGAUUACGACAUCAAAGUAGAGCAGGCCGAGUUCUCUGAGAUCAACCUUGUGUCCAACUCAAACGGAACCUGCAGCGUGGACCUUCAGGUCAUGAGGAACGCCACUAAAGUCAUGAGGUCAUUCCGGCCAGACUUCGUGCUGGUGCGCCAGCAUGCGUUCAGCAUGGCACAGAACGAGGACUUCAAGAACAUGAUCAUUGGACUGCAGUAUGCCGGGGUCCCUUCGGUGAACUCCCUUGAGUCCAUCUACAGCCUCAGUGACAAACCUUGGGCCUUUGCUCAACUGAUCAAUAACCAGAAGAGGCUGGGCUCGGACAAGUUCCCUCUGAUCGAUCAGACUUUCUAUCCAAACCAUAAAGACAUGAUUACCACGCCCAGCUUUCCAGUGGUGGUGAAGAUAGGCCACGCCCACUCCGGAAUGGGAAAGGUGAAAGUGGACAACGCCAGUGACUUCCAGGACAUUGCGAGUGUGGUGGCCAUCACCCAGACCUACUCCACCACAGAGCCCUUCAUCGACGCCAAGUACGACAUCAGAGUGCAGAAGAUCGGCGCCGACUACAAAGCCUACAUGCGAACAUCCAUUUCUGGUAACUGGAAGAGCAACACUGGAUCUGCCAUGUUGGAGCAAGUGGCCAUGACUGACAAGUACAAGCUGUGGGUGGACGCCUGCUCUGACAUCUUUGGAGGGCUGGAUAUCUGCGCUGUUAAAGCAAUCUGUGGGAAGGACGGCAACGACUACAUUACUGAGGUCAUGGGGUCGUCCAUGCAGCUGAUCGGGGACCACCAGGCCGAGGACAAGCAGCUGAUCUCUGAAGUGGUCCUGGCUAAGAUGACCCAGGCCCUUGCCUCCAGGAGCUCCGCGGGCGCCCGCUCCCCCCAGGGCCAGAUGGCCACCACGGCCCAGCCCCAACAGAGCGCUGUCCUGAAGGAGGCAGCAUCAGAUCCCAACAGGACACCUGGGCAGCGACCCAUGCAAGGGACACCUGUGAAAACCCAGAUCGUGGACCCACCCCAAGAGCCAGCUAAGAGGGCUUCUGAACCUGCAGCCAAGCCUAGCAUGGCCCAGAAGCCUGGCCCGGUCCAGAAGGCUGCCUCCGUUACAAAACCUCCCGUGCCCAGGCCUCCUCCUCCGAUGAACAGGGCUCUGUCUGUCAACAAGUCCAGCCCGGCCCCACCUCCCCCAGCCGCCCAGGCUAGACCCGCGGCUGCACCCGUAGCCUCCCCUGCGGCCAAGGCAGCAGCGGCAGUCUCAGGGUCUCCCCCCGCCAGAGCAGCAGCCGUAGCCCCAGCCUCCCCAGCUCCGGCCCCAGCCCCCGUUCCGGCCGCCGCCGCCGCCACGACCACGGAGCAGCCCAAGCCCCAGGCCCAGGCCUCUCCCGCCCCGUCCCCCGGGAAACCCAAAGAUCUGCCACCCAAGCCCACGCCCCCUGCCAAACCCAUCCCUCCCGUGCGCAGGAAUUCCAGGUCUCAGAUCCAGGUGAGGCAGCAGACUCUACCGGCCGAUCUAGCCAAGCCGCAACCCGAGGGCCAGGCCCCGGCGCGGGCCCCCGAGUCCGCCUCAGCCCCCCGCCCAGCGCAGGUCCAGACGCCGGCCAAAGCGGCCCCGUCUCCCUCUGCCCAGUCCGAGGCCGGGCCGGCGGGGGAGUCCGAGGCUGAGCUGUCCGAAGGGGACGUCACAGCGCAGGACGAGCCGCCGUCGGACCAGCCCAAGACCCACCCCCUCCUGAAUAAGUCCCAGUCCCUGACCAAUGCCUUCAACGCCUUCAGUGACUCCUCCUUCUUCCGUGGAGGCUCCGCCCCCGUGGCGUCGGACGGCCAGGAUGAGGCCAAGGCCGAGACUAUUCGCAACCUACGAAAGUCCUUCGUCAGCCUCUUCUCUGACUAGACGGCCAGCCGCCAAUGUGUAGCCGAGCCUCCCCCCUCCCCCACUCAGUCCUCACCCAACCCCAACCCCACCAUUCACCUGCCACCCCGUCCCCCCACUCUCCCCUCUUACGGUGGGCUCCAGUGAUGGCUUGAUUGGUGUUUUGAUGUGAAUGCCGUUUUAACUGUGUGUGUGUGUGUGUGUGUGUGUGUGUGUGUGUGUGUGUGUGUGUGUGUGUGUGUGUGUGUGUGUGUGUGUGUGUGUGUGUGUGUGUGUCUGUGUGUGUGAGUGUGUGAGUGUGUGUGCGUGUUUGUGUGCCUGCAAAUUAGCUUGAGCGUGCGUGUGUGUGUGUGUUUGUGUGCCUGCAAAUUAGCUUGAGCGUGCGUGUGUGUGUGUGUGUGUGUGUUGUACCGUGGGUUCCAUGUCUCAGUCCUCCUCCUACGUAUCGUAAGUGUCUAAGUAUCCACGGGGCCUGACUGACUAAGGAUUCAAAGUGGAUCGUGUGAAGUAUCGGUAUUAUUAUACACUGAGUUAUGGGAUUGAGAUGGAAUCAAAAUAAGCUAAAUGAAGAAGAACAACAAUAACAGAUAUUUAUUUUUUUCUCAGAGGAAUACAUUGAAUAAUAUAAAGCGUAUAGUAUGCUAUUUGAGAUAUAGAAAAUAUAGUAGACAUAUUAUCUCGACAAGUAUAGAUUAAUGAAGCCACUAUUGGGAGAAUAGCCAAUAUCUACUGCCAGAAUCGAUAUUAAAAACCCUCAGUGACAUAACUUUCAUUCUAUGGCUGGAAUUACAUAUUUCCAUGAACAAGAAGAAGAAUAUACAGAGUUGACUAAUUUUACGAAUCAAAUCCACAGUUCAAACAGAUCAAUAAACAAGGUAAAUGUGGUGAUUGAUUUAAAUAGGAAGAAAUUUGAAAUAGAAAGAUUGGUGCAUAGCUUAGUAAGAUUAUCAGAUUACUCUUUAAAUUCACCAUCUCUGGUUGCUGGCUACUGGAUACACAUACAGUAGCGUAUCUUUUGGAGAAGCCUUUAAGUGUGUCUGUGGUUGUAAGGAGGUGGAUAAACGUGUUUUCUCUUCUGUGUUCAAUUCGUAUGCAUGGCUGGUUGACGUGGCUCUGUGUGACUAUUGAAGAAAGAAAAUGUUAUGGACCACUUCUGCCCUCUGUUGCCUCUUUCUCUCUGUCUGUCUCUCUCUCUCUUUCUCCGUCUCUAAUUCUUCUAUGCUCUUGCUUUCUCUCAUUCUUUCUUUCCAACUCAAUCUCUCUUUCUGUAGUGGUUGUAGCCUUAUCGUGAAGCUGGUGUUUUAUUAUUUAACUCACAGCUUGAUGUGCUAGCUGUGCAGACCUGAGUCCAGUGCUAUUUGAUAACCCCUCCAUGUGAAGCCGCCGCUCCGCUCUGGGCUCACGUUGUACCUGGCGACCCAAACACAAUCCCAGCUGAAGUGAUAUUGUUCCAUUUCGGGUAGUUCCUCGACUCUGUGUCUGUGACUGGUGAUUGUGUGUUCACCUCCAUGUAGGCCUAUUCAACAGUAGUGUGAUUUGUUCAUUAUUCUCAUUGAAAAAAAUAAAGGAAAGAACUGCAAAGGCAACAGUGUUGCAAUGACACCUCAACAUUACUGCCGAGCGCUGUCCUUCUCCACGUUAGAGAAAACCUGAGCAUCACCCGGUGUACGACGGCUCUCCCUACUCCACGUUGAAUAUGCUGCUCAAAGGUUUCAUUUGUCCGAUUUGUGUCGAACUGUUACCUUCCAGGUGUGUCUUGAUGACAGUUAAGAGUGUGAGACUUCUAGAGAGCUCUCGUCUCAUCUGAUGGCUUUUAUCGUGACCACAGAGUUUAUCACACAGAGUAUGAGAGUCAUGUUAUCAAGCCAACCUGGAAUUAACCGGAAGGCCUUGGCUGGGCUAGUUUAAACCCCAGUUGCUGUGUUCAGGUCUAUGAGGAGGCCUUUAAGAAUAAUAUCUUCGUCUCACGCUUACAGAACCGCUUAUUAACCCAUCUGCUUUCUUCAUGAUCUGUGAUACCGCGUAACAAGUAAAUACAUAUAGAUAAAUAACAUAUUGUACUGUAUUUGUAUGUAUGUACGUUUGUAUGUAUGUGUCUUCUCAGGAGUUUAUUUUUUGUAAAAUACUUAUUUAUUUAUUUUUUGAGGCUCCAUAUUUAGAGUAUAAUAUAUUAGUAUUUUGUUGGGUUCGUAUUGUGUUUUUAACUGUAACGCGAUACGGCUUUGCAUGACCUGUUGACUGACAUUGUUUUCUCUGUGCAGUCAAUAAAGAUGUGGAUCUAUCAUUCCGCAAGUAUUCUGUGA